CCACAAGCCCCAGUUCACCUGCGUCGAAUAGUCUGGCGAAACUGAACACCUUUACAGUAGUCGACUUGACAUUUCACUAUUUUUCUGCGCCUUUAAGGGGGGGCUGCGACACCUUUUUGAGCACAAGCCGUGUUCGUGCCAUGAAGUCUCUGUGACAUAUUCUUUUCUCUCCCCGCUAUCGCGAAACUUCCGAGCAAUAGACAUCGUCCCGUUGAAGAUGUGGCCGUCCACCCUGUGCGCCUCGUUAUGGCUGCUGGCAGCAUGUGCGGCGGGCACGCGAGCGGCCGUAGAGGCAGACCCAGAGAUGAAGAGCGUCCCUCUGCGGACGCACAGUCUCGCACCCCCAUACCUCGACUCGGACAUGUCAAGCCGGUGGUUUGACUUUGGCGGCGACACGAUCAUCCGCGCCGACCAGUACAUACGACUCGCCUCCGACAUGCCCUCACAAUCAGGGUGGAUCUUCUCCCGAAUACCGCUGACGGCGACCAACUGGGAAGUGGAGUUUGAGUUCUCAAUCCACGGCAAGGGCCACCUUCACGGCGACGGGUUUGCGAUGUGGAUUACCAAGGAGAGAGCGCAGCCCGGUCCCGUGUUCGGGCACGCGGACCGGUUUGAAGGCUUGGGGAUUUUCUUCGACACGUACAAGAACAACAGGCCCGGGGUCGUGUUUCCUUACGUGAUGGGCAUGAUGGGAGACGGGAAGACUUCAUAUGACGCGGCCAACGACGGGAAGGCGAACGAGAUUGGUGGUUGCUCGGCUCGAGGGUUGCGCGGUGCUCCCAUCCCCACCAAAGCAAAGUUGACCUAUUUCCAAGACAGGUCACUUACACUGCAGCUGCAGUACAAAGCGACCGAUGCAUGGGUCGACUGUUUCUCUAUUACCCCUACAGCAGACCUGCCGUUGAAGAUGCCUAACACGGCAUACUUGGGGUUCAGCGCGCACACGGGCGAACUUUCGGACAACUUUGACAUUGUCAGCGUGGAGACACGGAAUUUGUACAAUCCAGUGGCAGCAAACUCGGGGAGAGACAAGGCGGCACAAGCGCGGGCUAGUGGGAGAGGAAGGAGCACCAAGCCACAGGGUGGUGGUUGGGGAUGGUUCUUCUUCAAGGUGCUGCUCUUUGCCGGUGUGGCCGGUGGCGGGUAUGUUGGAUACAAGAAGUACAAGGAGAAGCAGCGGUACGAUGGGUUCAAGGGGUUCUAGGUAGAGUCAAAAGGAGGAGUUCGCGGUGGCAUGGGUAGGUCUUGACUCGUGCUUGUACAAUGAUCAAUCGUAAGAUUUUCUGCAGCCUGUUUGUUGUUCGCUAAGACUGCCACGGGUAUAUCGGUCCAUUUCUGUGG